AUGGCCCCGUCGAUAGGCAUUGUCUACCCGUUUACUGUCUCUGAGAUCGGUUGUCGGUGUGAUCCAAACACGGGGAUGUCGUCAACGAGUCGCCGCCGAGACCAAAAGUACUACAUCCCCCACAUCAAGAAGCACUACGCCGCCACCUGGCCCACCGUCUCCUAUCUCUACCACCAGCCCCUCCAGCAACUCUCCGUACCCCGCCCCCUCUCUAGCUUCCCCUCCCCACCGGACUUCCACGUCUGCGCCGGCGACCCCGUCGAUUUUGCCCUGCGCCUCGCCGCCAGCGAGACCGCCCGCACCGGCGAGGUCGUCCGCGUCCCCUUUGUGUGCGCCGCCAACGAGAAGCGGCCCGGCGGCGACUGGGAAACGGGCGUGGACAACUACCCCAUCCCGUGCGAGGGCGGGCUCGUCUCCAACUACGUCGUCGUCUUCCGCGGCCUCCACGACCGCUACGAGCGUCUCAAGGAGGACCAGUGGGACGCCGUCCCCGUCGUCAGCGUCGUUCCCACGCGCUGGCCCAAGCUCAGCCACGGCGGCGCAAAGUACUCCUUUGAGCAGGAACGCGACCUCGUCAAGGUUAAGCUCCGCGCCGCCCUACGCAUCUGCCUCUACAACAACUACCGCUACGUCGAGAUGGCGGAGCUAUGGAGAGAAGUCUUUCUCUACGACCCGGACCUCCGCGGCCAGUUUGUCUUCGCCGCCUUUGUCUUUGAGGAUGAGAAGCAAAGCACUACCCGCUUCAUCCAGGAUGAUAUCGCCAAGAAGAAUAAGAGCGGCAGUGGAAGCGGUAGUAGCUCCAAGAGCCGGAGCAAAUCGUCGUCCUCGAGCGGCGGUGGAAGUUCCGCAUCGGGGUCCGCCUCAGGUUCAGGGUCCGGAAGUGGGUCGGCGCCGACAGACUACGCCAUCUUUCAGAGUGUCUUUGACGAGGCUGAGAUCCAGGCCGUCUUGAGUCAGCCGGAUCCCAGAUAUCAGCUCGACAUGAUCACCUCGUGA